GUGAACACUAUCCCACACAUUUGUUACGGAAUAUAUUGUAAUGUACCCUUAGUGGAUGACUCUCUUGAUGUAUAUCCAAUUACAUGGCACUAGUUCAAUGCAUACUUCCGACAGCGGCACAUCAGCUAUACUCGUUCGAAUCGGUGCUAUUCAUGCAUGUCACCACUAUACGAAGAAUUAUUCAAGGACGGCGUCAUGUCGAGGUACUUUUAUGAACCGAGGAACUUUACGUCGCAGUGCAAUGAGCCAAUGCGACCGUCUAAUAUUGGUCUAGUGGCUUGCAAAUCAAUCUGUCUCACACUCACUCAGGAUUUUGUUGUUAUGGGACGUAACACAGGCAAGAAGCUAACGAUACGCGGUUGUGCGGUCUCCAUAAGUCGUCAUGGCUUUUUCAAUAGAACAAUGGUUUUAUUUGAUAGAUACGAUAUGUGCCGCGAUGUUAAAGCAUCCGAUCUUUUCCGCUAUGAAUCAGAUUCACAAACAAUUCGAGUAUGUUCAUGCUUCGGCGACCGUUGCAACGUAAGUGCAAGCUACUGCGGAGCGAUUCAUCAGUUCGUCGUCGCUGCCGUUAUUCUUCUAUUUUUUGUUCCUAAAUUAUUCUAG